AUUAAAAAUUAUUUUCUAUAAUUUUUUUCCGCACAUAAAAAUAAUAAAGAAAAUGUCGGAUACACCGCUUGAACGAAAUUCCAACUCCAAAUCAAAUCUCAUUGAAGUACAGCAUGUUGGCGUCACAGCGAAGCUUCAAUCACCGCUCAAGUAUCUGCUACAAUCAUCACCUUCUUCGACAGAGACGGAAAACGGUCAGUUGCUCUUUCACGAUCAUCAUGGCCACAAGCUAAAGUACAACAAAUUCUCGAAUGAUACCCAAGCUGAAACAGAAACGGGUGGUGGCAGCCAAUCCAAAGCUUUGUACGAAAUGCGCGCAGUGCGUGAGGCUUCAACACGUCCGGGAGGCAAACGGAAUCCAACGCCUUCAAAAAUCGAGUUUCAACUUUAUAAAACGGCAUCGAGAAGAAUGCGCCGCUCGAAAAGUACGCCGGCAACUGCCAUGAAAGGUAGUGGUAAGAAGAGCAAGCGUAAACUUUUUCCAGAGCAGCAAGAGGCCAAAAAACAUCCAUCGAACUAUUGCAAAUGUCGUAGGCAACACAACACGGAUAAUAAUACAAUUUUCCAACGUCUACGCCAAUCGCUCGAUAAUAUGCGUACCGCUCGUCCGCAUGUUUCCAAACCAAAAGUAUCGAAAUGCAUCAACAUUUUUGAUGAUCUACCCGAGGACUGCCAACAACAUACGAAGGCAGAAGAAAACAAACAACCGGAACGAGAUACAACACCAACACGCGAAACACGUAUCGGCAUCUACCCUUUCGAACACGGCUGUGCGGAAUAUUUGCGCACCACCGAUUGUCAUCCGCAGCUGUUGUCCAUCGUACUGGCCGAACGCGCCACCUACUAUGCAACGCGCUUCUGGGCGGAAUUCUUCGGGAGUUUGCACAUUGGUGUCACCUUUGUGGUCACUUUUCUAUUGCAGGCGUACCGUUUUGUACUCUAUUCGCUGGUGAAUACGCUCGUGGUGGGAUUUCUGCACAUGACAUCAGAUUAUUUGAUUAAGCCGAUAUUGACGGUUUUCUUUAAUGGGUUUCUCCAGCCACCGCUAAUACUGGUGUACAAUAUUUUGACAUCCUUGCGUGAUAUUUUAGAGCCUGUGGCCGAGACUAUAAAUAAUUUUAUGCGUCCAGUGGCAACGGUGGGGAGAAGCUUACGUCUGGUUCAUGCGACCUAUAACAAUAAGAAGUUAGUGAAGGAGGUUUGACGAUUUUUUUUUUUUUUCGUUUCUAAUAAGAAUUUUUUAAGUUUCCUGUGUAAAUUUAUUUAAAAUAUUAUUAUUUAGUGGGCAUAUUUGUAAUUUUUUUUAUACAUGUAUACAUAUUUACAUAUUUACUUACAUAUCGCUAAACAUAGUUUUCUUAUUCACAUU